ACUAUUUCUAGUACAUGUAUGAACUGAAUUAUUUAAUUCUAUGUAUAUAUAUUAUUUUAUUUUGCUUAAUUUGCUAUGAACCGAAUUGUUUAAUUCUAUGAACUGAUUUUGCAUAUUUGUAGAUAUAUUUAUUGUUUAUUUUGCAUAAUUUGUUAAGUACAUAUUGUUCAUUUUUGCUGAUUCAUUUACAAUUAUUCAUUGCAGGUUAUUGAUUCGAAAUGCCAGGCGGGGGCAAGAUUGGUUUCCUGAGCGCCUUGUACAGGAGUAGUGGUGGAGAGCAAGAGGCUCCUGAGGGGUCCAGUGCAGCAGGCGGGUCCAAUGCCUCAGAGGGGUCCAGGAGGCAUUGGGGAUGAGGGCCAGGGAGAACGAGAGGAGGUAAGAUAGGUGGUGGAGGCCAGGGGAGGAUGAGAAAGAGCAGGAGGGAGAGGACACCUCCAGAUUUGACGACGGCGGCGGCGGCGGAGGAGGAGGAGGACGAGGAGGAGGAGGAGAGGGAGCAGGAGGAGCAGGAGCGGGAGCAGGAGGAGCCGAAACAAGAGGAGGAGGACCAGGAGGAGGAGGAGGAGGAGGCAGCAGGAGAUACGAGGGCGGUGUGGUUGCGAGGACCGUCGCAACUGCCGCAGCGGCCGAUACCUCUUGCGAGACGCCCGAUGAUUCGACCGGUACCGGACAGGUAUUGGAUGCGCGUGCAGGCGGGUGCCCAUAAAAGGAAGCCCAACGGCAUCCUGGGAACCCUAUGCAGGGAGCUCUUCCCUGGGCUGGUGAUGCAUGCCGGGAUCCUGGAGCCGGCAUACAUGUGGGACCACUACAUCACUGUCCCAGAUGCAGAAGAUCGGGAAGGGAUGUCCUUCGGCAACAAGGCGAAACGGGUGGUGGGAGAAUUCUGGGUGCGAGCCAGGAUAUGA